AUGGCCGCCGUCUACCGCGAGUCCUCCGCGCCCAGGCGGAAGCGCGAUUUCGCGACGCCCGAUGUGAAGACGGAGGUCUUCGGCGCCGUCGGCAAGAAGAUGUCCGGCGCCGGCGACCCGGAGCGCGUGCAGAAGCUCCUUCGGGAGCGGUUCCAGUCGGAGCUCGUCGCGGUCCGUCGCCUCCUCCGCAAGGCGCGUCCUCGCUCGUCCCCGACAGCUCCGGACGGCAAGGUCAGCCGACAAGGGUUCUUGGCCGCCACGGCCACGCCACGGUCCGAGGAGCCACCGGCCAAGAAGAGAAAGGAGUCUCCUUCUCCAGUGACCGAGCGCGCAGAGGCGUCCAAGAAGAUGACGGCGGCUGAGAGGGAGCUGCUGGCUGCCGACUUGGCGGAGCUAUCGGGGGAACUCCCUGCUCACAUCAUCGAGCUCUUGAAGAAACAGAGCCGCGGCAUCUACGGCGACGAAAUGGAGAUUGACAUCCACGCCGUCCAAGACGCGGCCCUUGUCGAGUUAAAGAUGCAGCUGGACAACUUCUUGGGACAGAGGAACCCGCCGUCGCAAGAGCGGAAAGACAGCAAGAUGGCCGACGAGGAAGAAGAAGAUGUUGACAUCUGUGGUGGUGUCUCCCCCUUGGUGGUCGCGCCGGCGCCGCUGCAGCUCGCCGAGGAAGAGGACGACUUCGUGGACAUCUGCGGCGACGCAUCGCCGGUGGUGAUGCCCAAGAAUCUUGGCGGCAGCCCCGAUAGCUCAGGCAGCAGUGAUUCUGGUUCAGACUCAAGCAGUAGCGACUCUGACAGCGAGUCCGGCGAGAGCGCAAGCAGUCCAGCCCCGGCCGAGCGCGCCGUCAGGUCUCAAACUCCGAUAAGCGAGCUGGUCGCCCGUGCCAAGGAAUCACUGGAAGGGAAGCGGAAGGAGGCGAGGGCCCAGGCGAGGGAGAAGGCCCGACAGGAGAUGCUGGACAUGGAGAGGACGGCGGUCUCCAGCGAGACCAUCCAGCUGCUCGGCAUUGCUCCUCAAGACCAGUACAUGGUGGGCCCCAACAGCAUCUUGCGGCAGCUUGGUCUCUUCCUCAAGGAUGAAGACGACGGCUUCAAGAGCAUCGAGGAGCCGCAGCAGCAGAGCCUGGAAGAAGAUUUAGAGGAAGGGGAACUUCCGUUCUGA